CUCACGCGGGCCUCCCCAACCAGGGGCGCCCGGAAGGACGCGCGCAGACCCCGUGGGAACCGAAUGCGGGAGUCGCCGCCGGAGCUGAGCCGCUCAGCUGAGGGACUGACACCCUUGGCCAUGACGUGCCCCCAGCUGCUGUCUGCUCAGGCACAGCCUGCGUGACUGGGCUGUCGCUGCUCCAGCUGUUUCACGUCACCGUUCCCUUUAUGAACAGUUUGAUGGGGCGUCGGGCGGAUGACAGCGGGAACGGUUGUGAUCACUGGCGGAAUCCUAGCUGCGGUCAUUCUCCUCUGCAUCAUCGCCGUCCUGUGCUACUGUAGGCUCCAGUAUUACUGCUGCAAGAGGAGCGGAGCCGGGGAUGCACGCGAGGAAGAGGAGGAGGAGCACGACCUGCCCGCACACCGCAGAGGCCCCACCUGCAAUGCCUGCAGCUCCCAGGCCCUGGACGGCCGAGGCGGCCUGGCGCCUCUCACCAGCGAGCCCUGCGGCCAGCCGUGCGGGGUGGCGGCCAGCCACUGCACCGCCUGCUCCCCAUACAGCUCUCCCUUUUACAUACGGACGGCUGACAUGGUGCCCAACGGGGGCGGAGGCGAGAGGCUCUCCUUUGCUCCCACAUACUACAAGGAGGGGGCACCCCCAUCCCUCCAAGUGGCAGCGCCCCAGAGUUACCCGGUGACGUGGCCAGGCUCUGGCCGUGAGGCCUUCACCAAUCCAAGGGCUAUUAGUACAGACGUGUAACCCCUUCCACCCCCGCCAUGCACCAACGCUGCCGCCCCAGCAGGAGCGAUGGGGACAGCGGACGACACCCCCCAGCACGGCCCACAAGGACUGUCUCAGUGUUUCUGGCUUUCCUUUCCCCACAGUGGAGGGCUCACCCGGAUUCAGGCUAUUGAGGGCAUUGAGAACCAGGCCAGGGCCUGGCCCCGCGGCCCACAGGUGGCGGCCUGACAGGUCCUGUUGGCAGCUCAGCCAGUUUCUCUGUUGGGACUGUCCUCUGGCCAGUGCCGGCACUGCCACCACCCUCUCACUUCCCUCAGCCCCCUGGCUUUGCCGGACUCUGAGGAGAGGAGCGGGAGCACCGGGGGAAGCUAAGCAAAGGCUCCGGAGUCCUUGGGGGAUGAAAGGAGAAAGGGGGUGUAGGGCAAAGGGAGAGGCCAGAGCUGAGGCAUUGGCAGAACUCGAGAAGGGAGAGGAAGGGGUUAAAGGGACUCUUCAGGACUUGCUUGCUGACAUGAAUCCAAGAGCUAGUUCACAGUCUAGUUUUGUACUUCGCCCGUUCUAGAGACCGCACUCCCUGUAGCUGUUCCAACACGGGUAUUGCUUCCUGAACACAUCACAUCUGCAUCUGCCUCUGUCUUCACAGAACACGUCGACUGGACUUUAAAGGCUGUGGCAUAAGGUUAUUUGUGAGGAAUGCACCCACAAUGGAUGUCUAGCCUUGUCUCCCCACAAAUCCUCUUUCUCUGCCUCGGGAACCAGCUGCCCCGGCUGGAGAACCUUUUGCAAGUUUUGUUACUAGAGUUUGAGUAGCUUAGCAAAGGAAAGCCUGCUGAUGGUCUCUGGGGCCCUGGUCCGCCACGCCGAGCGCUGUGCGUGGAUGCAGCCCUGCGAGGACGUGUGCAUUCCCGGGUGUGUGCACACAGGCCUGUCACCAACAGCGCACACCAGGACUUUGCCACCUUCAGGAGCCGCAGGGCAGAAGGGUCUCUGAUGUACCAACUAGAAAGAAAAAUCUGACUCCAGACAGCAGGAACGAAAGGUGAUCAAGGUGGCGGCCAAUCCCCACGGCAGCCGGCUGGCUGGUACAGGAAGAGCCUGCAGAGCCUCCCCUGGGAUAACGCUGCCGCGUGGAAGCCACGGAAGCCCCUCCAGAGACCUGGUGUUCUCCCUGGGCAUCCCGCCAUGAGGCCACAGAGCAGGACCCCUUCGUUUCACCACGGCUGGCAGCCCUCGCUCUGAGGAUGGGGGGGACUUGACUUAGCAAUCAGAUUCCGUGCUGGCUGCCCUCCCUCGGCUGACCCACCCCCCAGUCACAGGACAAGGGCCUGUUUAUUGCUGUGUCACUCUAGCCCCCAGUCCCAACUCCCAGUUAUAACUCAGCUGUGGCCUUAUGCUGCUUGAGUGAAUGCAUCUGAUGAGUUCCCCAGUUGCCUCUGCAGUCAGGGGUGUCUGCCCCCCCCCCACCUCCUAAGGGCAUUAGUAACCCCCAGACUCUCUUGCGUCACCGAAUGCUGCAGAGCGUGGGGCAGGGAGGGAGCUGGCCCCUCUGCUGAGAUCUUGAUUUUUGCAUUUGCGACAGGGAGGAUGAAGCUGGGGAAGGGGAAGAGAAUUUGCCGCACCUUUUGCAUCGCUCUGGGCACUGGUCACCUUGCAUCUCAGUCUGUAAUCGAGGCUCACAGGGUUGAGAAUCAGAGGACCUGGCGUCUGGUCACACUUCGGUCACUCAUUAGCUCUAGGACCAGUCUCUUAUCUCCUCUGAGAUUCCGUUUUCUCCAGGGAAAUGAGACUUGCCCAGGGGGACUCUGAGGACCCUUUAAUGCUCCAUGAAGCCAGCGCUCCCUGAAAAGUUCUGCCAGCCAGACCACUCUUCCUUGCCCCAGUCCUGGCAGGGGCUGGAUGCACUUGCCGACUGCCUGAUCCUGUGUGCAGGGAUGUGUGUUAAUGGAUGAAAGGCCACGGUAAAACACAGGAUUCGCAGGCAAAACCAUUUUAAUUGUCAGUGGAAAGCAGACAUGUUUGACCGUCCUACUGAGUGACCUCAAAUGAUAACAUUUCUCUGCUACCAGGAGACAGCUCUAGGUGGGGUAAUGAGCUCUGUCUCAGAGCCGGGAGGGACCAGCUGAGGACAGAAGCUUUUCAUGCCCAUCCCACUGCCAGCCCUUACUGGGCUAAGCACGCCCCCUUGACACGAGCUGCUGGGUCUGGGCGUCCUCGCCGCUUCCUGAUGACCAGCCCCAGUGCCUUGCUUGCCGCCCUGGGAUUCCACAGUCACACAACCACAGCAGGGGGCUGCCCCUCCUCACCCAGAAAUUCCAGUACCGCCCGCCUUGGGAGAAAUCAAGAUCCAGUCAACUCUCACCCGCUUCUUGGCCCUGAUCUGUUGGGGUCCCUGAGUGAAAAGCAUCUCGUGCAAUCCCGUCUCCUCCUAGAGCUUUCCCAGCCUAAAUCAACCCACAUUUCAAAAUCGUGAGUUUGGGGCAUUGGAGAGAUGGUGGCCACGGCUCUCCCCACACAGCCCCACGUUGCUCAGGGCACAGGCUCAAGGUUGCCUGCCCGCCUCCCUGCAGCCACGAGGGCCCUGCCUGUGGAAGAGGAAGCUCACGCCACUCAACCACACUGUACUUUUUAGCUGCCGAGUCUGUGCUCUGGGACACUAUUUGGACACUUUUCAAACUGCACCCUAAACAGGAAGAGGAGAGGCAGGGAACCCCCUGCUCUCUCCGCCUUUUCGCUCCACCUCCACUUCACUGCUCCUGCUACAGAUUUCUUGCCCUGCAUCUUUGAUAACUUGGAGUCACAACUAAGUGAAUGUCAAAAUAAAGGAGGAAUUUGACAUAGAAA